AUGACCAUAUGCAACUGUUUAUUGGUUUCUCUGUCGGCAUAUCGAUCCCAGUCUGUAAUAAUUUGGUUGAAAUCUCUUAUUUACAUAUCUAUCAUUCUCUGUAUCUAUCUAUCUAUCUAUCUAUCUAUUUUCGCCUAUAUGUUCGUCAUAAUCUAUUCAUUUGUUCGUAUAUUCCCACCGAGGGCCUGUUUGGUGUCUGAAAUACUUUCGUAUAGCUCCUCUGUACAUUUUUCACACAAACAUUAUAGCCUAUUAAUGCCUCUAUAUAACUCUCUGUUCAUAUCUAUCUAUCUAUCUAUCUAUCUAUCCCAAUCUCUCUAUCUAUUCCAAUCUGUUCACAUCUAUCUAUCUAUUUCAGCCUGUCCCAAUCUUUCUUUCUCACACUAUAUAUAUAUCUCCCUAUCUAUUUCAGCCUGUUCCUAUCUAUCUAUCUAUGAUUACAGAGGUAUUAAUUAUGAUAGCCACCGCAAUAACAAAAGCGAAGUGACGCUCUUUGAUGGCAGAACGCUUUCCCCUUCCCUUUUCAUCAUUUCACGUUGCCAAGGUAACAAUCAAAAGAUGCCCAUCGAUUCGAUUCAGUAUUCUUCAUUCUCUGGAAGCAAUCUUUAG